AUGAAGGGGAAAAACAUCAAAGAGUUUAAGGGGGAGCCCUCCCAGCCUCCCAACAGCAGUUGGCCCCUAAGUCAGAAUGGGACUAACGCUGAGGCCACUCCAGCUGCAAACCUCACCUUCUCCUCCUACUACCAGCACACCUCCCCUGUGGCGGCCAUGUUCAUUGUGGCCUAUGCGCUCAUCUUCCUGCUUUGCAUGGUGGGCAACACCCUGGUCUGUUUCAUCGUGCUCAAGAACCGGCACAUGCGUACCGUCACCAACAUGUUCAUCCUCAACCUGGCCGUCAGUGACCUGCUGGUGGGCAUCUUCUGCAUGCCCACCACCCUUGUGGACAACCUCAUCACUGGGUGGCCCUUCGACAAUGCCACAUGCAAGAUGAGCGGCUUGGUGCAGGGCAUGUCUGUGUCAGCUUCCGUUUUCACGCUGGUGGCCAUUGCUGUGGAAAGGUUCCGCUGCAUCGUGUAUCCUUUCCGCGAGAAGCUGACCCUGCGGAAGGCGCUGGUCACCAUCGCCGUCAUCUGGGCCCUGGCACUGCUCAUCAUGUGUCCCUCGGCCGUCACGCUGACUGUCACCCGUGAGGAGCACCACUUCAUGGUGGACGCCCGCAACCGCUCCUACCCGCUCUACUCGUGCUGGGAGGCCUGGCCCGAGAAGGGCAUGCGCAAGGUCUACACCACUGUGCUCUUCUCGCACAUCUACCUGGCGCCGCUGGCGCUCAUCGUGGUCAUGUACGCCCGCAUCGCUCGCAAGCUCUGCCAGGCCCCGGGCCCGGCCCGCGGUGGGGAGGAGGCGGCGGACGGGCGGGCUGCGCGGCGCAGGGCGCGCGUGGUGCACAUGCUGGUCAUGGUGGCGCUCUUCUUCACACUGUCCUGGCUGCCGCUCUGGGCGCUGUUGCUGCUCAUCGACUACGGGCAGCUCAGCGCGCCGCAGCUGCACCUGGUCACCGUCUACGCCUUCCCCUUCGCGCACUGGCUGGCCUUCUUCAACAGCAGCGCCAACCCCAUUAUCUACGGCUACUUCAACGAGAACUUCCGCCGCGGCUUCCAGGCGGCCUUCCGCGCCCGCCUCUGCCAGCGCCCGUUGGGGAGCCACAAGGGGGCCUACUCCGAGCGGCCCGGCGGGCUUCUGCACAGGCGGGUCUUCGUGGCGGUGCGCCCCAGCGACUCCAGGCUGCCCUCUGAGUCGGGCCCUAGCAGUGGGGCCCCUAGGCCCGGCCGCCUCCCGCUGCGGAAUGGGCGGGUGGCCCACCACGGCUUGGCCAGGGAAGGGCCUGGCUGCUCCCACCUGCCCCUCACCAUUCCAGCCUGGGAUAUCUGAGGUGGUCCCG